UAAUUUGUAUGGACAAAGCACGUUGACUGAGCUUCUGUUGCUAACUGGAGGUAUCGGAUAUUUAACAACACUUAGAAGUUUAGAUGGCAACAUUCAUUUAAACUGUGAGAUUGUAAUACCUGUUGAGGUGCAGAAACUCCACUACCCCUUUCAAGAAUCCUUUUUUUUUUUUGAGACAGAGUUUUGCUCUUGCUGCCCAGGCUGGAGUUCAGUGGCGUGAUCUCAGCUCACCACAACCUCCGCCUCCCAGAUUCAAGCGAUUCUCCCGCCUCAGCCUCCCAUAGCUGGGAUUACAGGCAUGAGCCACCACGCCUGGCUAAUUUUGUAUUUUUAGUAGAGACAGGGUUUCUCCAUGUUGGUCAGGCUGGUCUUGAACUCCCGACCUCAGGUGAUUCUCCUGCCUCAGCCUCCCAAAGUGCUGGGAUUACAGGCGUGAGCCACUGCACCUGGAAGAAUCCAUUUUUUUUUGAGACAGGGUCUUGCUCUGUUGCCCGGGCUGGAGUGCAGUGGUGUGACUAUGGCUCACUGCAACCUUGAAUUCCUGGGCUCUAGCAAUCCUCCCACUUCAGCCACCUGAGCAGCUGGGACUGCAGGCAUGGGCCAGCAUGUCCAGCUAAUUUUUUUGAUUUUUAGAAGAGACGAGGUCUUACCAUUUUGCCCAGGCCAGUCUCAAACUCCUGAGCUGAAGCAGUCCUCCCAGCUCGACCUCCCAAAGUGCUAGGAUUACAGGUGUGAGCCACUGCACCUGGCCAAGAACCCAUAUUUAGAGUCAGACUCACCAUAUCCUUGAAGAAACCAUUCCAAAUAUUAUUUAAAUGACUCCGUAUUUUUGACCAUCCUCAUUAUUCUCCAGAAAUAAUAACCAAAAGUUACUACAUCUCUGGGAUUUCUCACUAGGUAAACAAUCUUAAAUGAAAAAGAGAGAUAAUAAGAAUAAAUGUAUCCAUUCUUCUUGCUUCAAGAUUCUUGCAAAAGGCAAAAAACAUCAAACUCCCAUUAAAGUUUUGGCUAUAGCUUGUCCUUUAAUUCAUUCAUUUAACAAAAUGUAUUGAUAACCCACUAUGUGCUUGACAUCUACUUAGACACUGUAGAAGGAACAGAGGACAAGACACGGGUCAUUUCUGCCCUGAAGAACAUUAUAAUAUAAGGCAGGGAAGAGGCUAACUAAUGUUUGGACAAUCAAAUGAUGUUACUACACUUGGGCACCACUGUUUAAGAAUCCCUGGGCUGUAAAUCAGGAACUGUGAGUUUGUUGGGAUUCUGCCAGGGACUCCGACUCAGUGCUACUCCAGGAAUUUUAUCUUUCAGACCUCUCUUUAUUUUUGUAGGAAUUCCUACUCUAUCCCAUAUAAGCAAAUCUCAGGGACUAAGCAAGUAGAUGUUAGCAGUCAACCAUAAGUAAGAUUCUUUUAUAAAAUUCAACAUGAUGGCGUGAAUAAACUCACUAUGCUACCACUGGUUGUGAAACCUGAAGAGAUUAAACAAACUUUGCAUUUUCUCAAAACAAACAAAAAAGAGUUUGUUUGAAUUAAUAAAGCUGACCCCAAGCUAGGAUAAGUUGGAUCCAGUGUCAUACAAGGCCAUUUCCAAUUCUAAACAAAUAACGUUGACCACAUGGAGCCUGUGGGGAAAACUGGUCAGCUCUCACCUGAAGUUCCAAAAGUUGAGAAUAUCAUAUUCUGUCCUAGAAAUUAUUUUGUAAUCCAAAUUCACCUGGUCACCAGCACUGUUGUUAAAUUUGAUAUUCUUCAGAAAGGAAUUAAGCUUAAAAAUAGUGCACUGUUACAGGAUGGAAAGAGUUCUGAAUUUGGAAAGAAGAAACUUGAAUUAGAGUAAUACCUUUGAAACUUAUUAGAUGUGUGGCUUUGGAAAAAGUCCCUUAUUGUUUAAAUCUUCAACUGUAAAGUUAGUUAUUCAAUUUUAUUUUUACAAGAAUUACGUGAGAUAAUACCUUUGAUGGCCCAUGAACAAAAAUGUGGUAUAUAUAAAGUAAAAAUUAGAUAAAACAUUAUAUAUGUAAUGUAAUGAUAAUUUAAUAUAUAGUAUGAUAAUGGAAAUACCCCUUACUUCCUUGGUGGGAUGAAUGAGGACAGAAGAAUCAAAAUAAUCUCUUGUUACUGGUUGAAUUUUGUCUGCCCCAAAUUUUGUAUGUUGAAGUCCUAACUCCCAGUACCUCAGAAUGUGACUGUAUUUGGAGAUAGGAUUUUUACAGAGUUAAUUAAGUUGAAAUGAGGUCGUUAGGGUGGGUCCUAAUGCAAUCUGACUAGUCUCACCAUGUCUCCAUGGGUUUUCUCUGGGUACUCCAGAUUCCUCCCACAUCCCAAAGAUGUGCACAGUAAGUUAACUGGUAUGUCUAAGUUGUCCCAGUCUGAGUGAGUGUGGGUGUGUAGUAGGCUACACUAUCUAGGUUUGUGUAAGUACACUCUAUGAUGUUUGCACAACAAGGUUCUUAGGAAAUUGCCUAAGAACCCAUUUCUCAGAAUGUAUCUCCAUCCUUUAGCGACGUAGACUGUAUUUCCAUACUGUAAAUAGUCCCCUUCUGGUGGAUUUCAGUCUACCAAUAUGACAUCACUGAAUGUGGAGUUAGAAAGAAAGGUACAGUUCAUGGCUCUCAGUUCCUACAGCCCUUUUAAUUUCCUAAGUGACUACAGCAAUAAAGUAUCUUUUGUUAAAAUAUCUGGCCUUUUGUUCCUGGUUCCUGAAAAAGCUCCAGAACAGCUCCAGAGCCAUAAAGGUGAAAGACAGUAUUUCAACCACACAUGAGUUUAUGUUAAUGAGGUGAUUUUUGGAAACUCUCAAGAUAAUCCCAAUAUUUGGGGGGAGUGGUGGCUAGUUGCCAGAGGAACCAGCCAUGUGCUCAGAGGACUGGAACUCACAGCUCCACCCUCUACUUCUGGGAAAAGAGAGAGGCUGAAAAUUAAGUUGAUCACCAGUGGCCAAUGAUUUAAUCUAUCACAUCUACAUAAUGAAACCUUGAAAACCGAAAAGGCCUGAGUUCAAGCGGCUUCCAAGAAGGUAGACAAAAACGCAUCCUCGUGCUGGGAGGGUGGUGCACCCCAACUCCACGGGCACAGAAGUUCCUGCACUAGGGAUUCUCUCGGACCUUGCCCUACAUGUCUCUUCAUCUGGCUGUUUGUAUCCUUUAAAAUAUCUUUUAUAAUAAACCAGUAAACAUAAAUGUUUCCCCGAGUUCUGUGAGCUGCUCUAGCAUAAACUAAUGGAACCCAAGGAGCCGGCUGUGGGAGCCCCAAUUUAUAGCACAUCUCUCAGAAACACAGGUACAACAGUCUGGAGUUUGGAAUUGGCAUGGGAAGUGGGGGACAGUCUUGUGGGACUGAGCCGUCUAACCUGUAGGAUCUGAUGUUUUCCAGCUAGCGUCAGAAUUGAAUUGGAGUAGCGGUCACCUGGCUGGUGUCUGCUGCAGACAGGUUUUUUUGACAUGUUAAGACAUUAUAAGAGACAAUAGAAAAAAUGUAUACGAUACAACCUUCUCUGAGUUAUAUUUCUCCAUAGCCCUUUUUACUGUUCACCAGACUGUUUAUCUAACUCAUGAAUUUGUGGCUUGUCUCUCUCCGCUUCAAAGUGAAUUACACAAUAAGAGGGCAGGGAUUUUUUUUUUCUCUGCUGUAUCCCCCUGAAUUGCUUUUCCUUAUUUGUCUCACCUUCCAAUACUAUUCUACAGUUCUCCUAGUCAGGGCUAGUCCCUUAAAACGGGGACCAUUUCCAUUUUGUUAAGGGGCGGAACGCGGUUCAAGCCUAGCAGAUUGGUUCCAAAAACGUCGUGUUAUUCACUGCCUCUGAUCAGUGACAUUCCCAUUUGCAGCUGAAAGAGGUAUUAAUUUGCCAGAGUCACAACACGGUCGGGGAUCCUCGUCGCUGUCUUAUUCCAAAAUAAGCUUAACACAGAAAGAUAAUGACACUCCCACAGACUGGCACAGAAGGCCGCGCUCCGAAUGACAUCGCGAUCACAGAGGCACAGACAGCGUCACAAAGCCCCACGCGUACUCACACCGAAGGCUCAGCCGUCGCGCGUUUCCCUCCCAGGCCCCAGGAACUAGUAACUAGGGAAGCUUCUGGUCUCUAGGCGAGGAGAGGGGGAGAGCGCGCAAUCUUUGCGCCUGCGCACACUCCUGCUCUUACCCGCCGGAACCCUGGGCCACGCCCGGCUCGCACAAUCACGCACUGCGCAGGCACCGCCCGCUCUGCUCUAAGGUCCCUCUCACUCCCUCAGCAGCCCGAGGACAAGCCCCUCAACACUAGGCCACGCCUUGUCUCCGCCCCUCUCGUCCGACCCCUGGAGAGAGGCUGGCGCCUGCGCGAUGGGGGUUCCAGCGUCGACUCACGGAGUCCUUCGGAUGAGAGCGUCUGGGUGCCAGACGAGGCCGGGGGUUUGUUUUGGGUGGUUUGGGAGUCCGAGCUCGAGGGCUGGGCCAGGAAGGGCAGGCGAGGCGGGCGGCUCCGACGCGGGUCGCGAAGGCCCAGCCGCGUCCUCUGUCCCCAGGACGACUACAUUUCCCAGAGGCCAGCGCGGCGCGCGUACUCGAGUCUGCGGGGCGGAGGCCGCGGCUCGGGGCUGCUGGGCGUUCGGGGCGGCUUGGGGCGGCGGGACCACUGGAGUGAGCUGUGGGAGAGAUGGGGGUGUGCCUGUGUGUAAAAGAUCGGUCAGAGUGUGAGGCUCCGUGAGAGGGUGCGGUUUCUGUGUGUGUGUGUGUGUGACAGACCGAGAGUCCAGUGUGAGACCAGGGUAUGUUCGUGUGUGACAGAGCGAGACGGGCCAGUGUGAGAGACCAGUGAGUGUGAGAGAGAUAGGGAUGUGCCUGCAUUUGAAAGAGAGCGUGUGAAGCUCAGUGAGAGGUUGCGAGGUGUGUGGGUGUGUAAGUGUGUAACAGACCAGGUGUCCAGAGCGUGAGACCAGGAUGUAUUCGUGUGAGAGAGUGAGACGGGCUGGAUGAAGUGUGAGAGACCAGUGAGUGUGAGAGAUGGGCGUGUGCCUGUGUGUGAAAGGCCGGUCGGUCGGUGUGUGAGGCUCAAUGAGAGGCCGGUGUGUGUUCGAGAGAGAGAAGAAUCACCAUGUAUGCGAGACAGAGUGUGAGACUGUGGUGUGUUAAUGUGUGAAAGGGAGACCAGUGAGUGUGAGAAAUGGGUGUUUUGGGUGAAAGACCCGUCAGUGUGUGAGGCCGUGUUAUGUGUGUCUGACAGACUGAGAGAGACCAGAGUGUGAGACCAGGGUGUGUUCCUGUGUGAGAGACAACAUAGCGUGAGACCAGUGAGUGUGAGAGAGAUGAGCAUGUGGCUGUGUGUGAAAGACCAGUCAUUAUGUGAGGCUCCUUGAGAGGCUGGUGUGUGUGUAUGAGAGAGAGAAAGAGACUAAACUGUGAGAGUCCAAAGAGUGAGACUAGGGUAUGUUGUUAUGAGUUUGUGAGAGAGAGGGAGGCGAUCAAAGUAUAGGACAAAGUUAUGUUUCCUGGCUUACGACUUCUAAGAUGCUUGGAAUCUCCAAAGUAUUAAGUGUCUUUUUGCAUGCUAAUGAUUGGUGGGCUGGAAGCCUGUAGGUUGAUCACGGUAAGGGCUGGUCACCGGAACAAUCUAGGCAGGAUUAGAGGGUUGGGAUUACCUGCCCCAUCCUCAAUCUCCAGGGAAAGGAAAGGGAGCCACAGGUUAAACUGAUCAUCAGUGGUCAGUGAUUUAACCAGUCAUGCCUACAUUAUGAAGCUUCCAUAAAAACCCAAAAGGACUGGGUUCAUCAAACUUCCAGAUAGCUGAACACUGGAGGUUCCUGUAGGAUGAGCCCCUUCCUAUAUAACCUUGUCAUAUGCAUUUCUUCACCUGCAUCCUUUAUAAUAUCCUUUAUUAUUACAAACGUGUUUCCCUAAGUUCUGUGAGCUGCCCUAGCAAAUUAAUUGAACGCAAGGAGGGGGUCAUAGGAACCCCGAUUUAUAGCUAGUCAGAAGCACAAGUAAAACAACCUGGGGUUUGCAACUGGCAUUGGAAGUGGGGAGCAAUUUUGUAGGGCUGAGCCCUCAACCUGUGGGAUCUUAUGCUGUCUCCAGGUAGAUAGUGUCAGAAUUGGGUUGCCCUAGAGGUCACCCACCUGGUAUUCACUGAAGAACUUAUUGCUUGCCUGGUGUGUGUGUGUGUGUGUGUGUAGACCCCCACACAUCUGGUCUUAGAACUGUUUUGUGUUGUGUGAGUAGAGUAGGAGAAACAGUUUGUUUUUCCUCUUUGUCACCUGAGUGUGUUAUCAGGGACUGGAUUGUGAGAAUCCAGAGUGUGAGACCAGGGUAUAUCAAUGUGUGAGAGAAAUAGAUGUGCCUGUGUGAAAGAUGAACAAGUAUGAGGCUCCCUGGAGUCUGAGAAAGAUCAUGUGUGUGUCUGAGUAAAAGCAAGAGACUAGACUGAGAGUUCAGUGAUUGGGAGAGACUGGGGUAUGUUGGUGUGAGUGUGUGAGAGACCAAUGGGUAUGUGAGAGACGAGAGUAUGUCUCUGUCUGGACUAGUAGGUUGUGAGAGGGUGUAUCACAGUAUGAAAAAGAUUGGAGUGAGAGCGACCAGUAUGUAUUUUGUGUGCAUGAGAUAAAGCAGUUGGAAUAUGAGAGAUCAGAGUGUGUUUGUGUAUCUGUGUGAGACACUGGAGCAUUUGAGUAACUGAGGCCUCUUUGAAAGAUACCAUUGAAUGUGUAUGUAUGAGAGACCAUCAUGUUUAUAUGUGUGAAAGAGAGAGAGAAAGACUAGUGAUGUGGUUGUGUGAGAGACCAAAAUGGGUGAGAAAGAAACUAUGUGAACCAUGGUGUGCUAUCCAAAAGGCUUUACAAAUAUAACCUCUGUGAGGUUGUGAAGCAUGCAUGUGUGAGUGAGACAGAGAUAAGGGACAGUGAGCUGUGUGUGUGAGAGAAGUAAGAUUGGGGGUAUGUGUGAAGGUGUUGGUGAAUCACCACGUGUGCUUAUAUUCAUGUCCUCAGACAAUGGAAAUGUGACUGUGUAUAUGUGCUUGUUUUGGGGUGCUUGUGAUUGUGUCCUCCGUGUGACCACGAAACCUGUGUUAGUGUUUCUAUGUCACCCUGUAUACCCGUAAUUGUGGCCCUGUAUGACUGCUGUGUAUGGAGAGACUACUUGGAAGAUUGAUAGGAUUGGAUUCUUUAUGAGUGUGGCUGUUUGGAAUUGUGUGUUGCCGGGAUAGGAAAUGUGGAAUAGAAUUCCUGUCCCCAGUCCAAGGGUUUCAGUAAGAAGCAAAAGCUGGGGUGACUGAAGCUCCUAACUGAAGCAGGAGACACCCUCACUUCUGUGUGACAGGAGGGUAAUCAAGGGGCUGGGACAGAGGUGAGAGUGAAAGUGGCAGAAUUGAGUGCUAAAGGUUCCAUCGUUUCAGGCCUUGCCCUCCCAAGACACUGUUCUUCAAGAGAAAGACCAGAAGAGAAGGCAAAAAUGAAUGUUGAAGUAGUAAAAGUCAUGCCCCAGGACUUAGUGACAUUCAAGGAUGUGGCAAUAGAUUUUUCCCAGGAAGAAUGGCAAUGGAUGAACCCUGCUCAGAAGCGUUUAUACAGGAGUAUGAUGUUGGAGAACUAUCAGAGCCUGGUAUCACUUGGUCUUUGCAUUUCUAAGCCAUAUGUGAUCUCCUUAUUGGAGCAAGGGAGAGAGCCUUGGGAGAUGACGAGUGAGAUGACAAGAAGCCCAUUCUCAGAUUGGGAAUCUAUAUAUGUGACACAGGAAUUACCUCUGAAGCAGUUCAUGUAUGAUGAUGCAUGCAUGGAGGGAAUUACAGGCUAUGGACUUGAGUGUUCCACUUUUGAAGAAAAUUGGAAAUGGGAAGACCUUUUUGAGAAGCAGAUGGGAAGUCAUGAGAUGUUUAGCAAGAAAGAAAUAAUCACUCAUAAAGAAACCAUCACUAAGGAAACAGAAUUCAAAUAUACUAAAUUUGGGAAAUGUAUCCAUCUGGAAAACAUAGAAGAGAAUAUUUAUAAUCACACAUCAGAUAAAAAAAGCUUCUCCAAAAACUCUAUGGUAAUAAAACACAAGAAAGUCUAUGUAGGAAAGAAGCUUUUUAAAUGUAAUGAAUGUGACAAAACCUUCACCCAUAGCUCAUCCCUUACUGUUCAUUUUAGAAUUCAUACUGGUGAAAAACCAUAUGCAUGUGAGGAAUGUGGAAAAGCCUUCAAGCAAAGGCAACACCUUGCUCAACAUCACAGAACACAUACUGGAGAGAAACUCUUUGAAUGUAAAGAAUGUAGGAAAGCCUUCAAACAAAGUGAACACCUUAUUCAGCAUCAAAGAAUUCAUACUGGAGAAAAACCAUAUAAAUGUAAGGAAUGCAGAAAAGCCUUCAGACAGCCUGCACACCUUGCUCAGCAUCAGAGAAUUCAUACUGGAGAGAAACCCUAUGAAUGUAAAGAAUGUGGCAAAGCCUUCAGUGAUGGCUCGUCUUUUGCUCGACAUCAGAGAUGUCACACUGGCAAAAGACCCUAUGAAUGUAUUGAGUGUGGGAAGGCUUUUAGGUAUAACACAUCUUUUAUUCGUCACUGGAGGAGUUAUCAUACUGGAGAGAAGCCUUUUAAUUGCAUUGAUUGUGGGAAAGCCUUCAGUGUUCACAUAGGACUUAUUCUGCAUAGGAGAAUUCAUACAGGAGAGAAACCUUACAAAUGUGAUGUGUGUGGAAAAACCUUCAGCUCUGGUUCAUCCCGUACUGUACAUCAGAGAAUUCAUACAGGAGAGAAACCUUAUGAAUGUGAUAUAUGUGGGAAAGAUUUUAGCCAUCAUGCAUCACUCACUCAGCAUCAAAGAGUACAUUCUGGAGAGAAACCGUAUGAAUGCAAGGAAUGUGGGAAAGCCUUUAGGCAGAAUGUACACCUUGUUAGUCAUUUGAGAAUUCAUACUGGUGAAAAACCCUAUGAAUGUAAAGAAUGUGGAAAAGCUUUUAGAAUCAGUUCACAGCUGGCUACUCAUCAGAGAAUUCAUACUGGAGAGAAGCCUUAUGAAUGUAUUGAAUGUGGAAAUGCUUUCAAACAGAGAUCACACCUUGCCCAACAUCAGAAAACUCAUACAGGAGAGAAACCUUAUGAGUGUAAUGAAUGCGGGAAAGCCUUCAGCCAAACUUCCAAUCUUACUCAACAUCAAAGAAUUCAUACUGGAGAGAAACCCUAUAAAUGUACUGAAUGUGGAAAGGCUUUUAGUGAUAGCUCAUCCUGUGCUCAGCAUCAAAGACUCCACACUGGCCAAAGGCCCUAUCAGUGUUUUGAAUGUGGGAAGGCGUUCAGAAGAAAGUUAUCCUUAAUUUGUCAUCAAAGAAGUCAUACUGGAGAAGAACCUUAAGAAUGUAGUGCAUGUGGCCAAGCCUUUAGUUAUCAUCAAUCCCCUACUGUUAAUCAGAGAUGUCCCACUGGAUAAAAAACAUAAAUAUAAGAAAUGUAGAAAAACCUUCAGCCAGGAGGCUGGCAAGAUAGCCGAAUAGGAACAGCUCUGAUCUGCAGUUCCCAGUGAGAUCAACGCAGAAGGUGGGUGCUUUCUGUAUUUCCAGCUGAGGUAUCUGGCUCAUCUCAUUGGGACUGGUUAGACAGUGGGUGCAGCCCACGGAGGGUGAGCUAAAGCAGGGUGGGGCAUAACCUCACCUGGGAAGUGCAAGGAGUCGGGGAUCUCCCUCCCCUAGCCAAGGGAAGCCAUGAGGGACUGUGCCAUGAGGAAUGGUGCACUCCGGUGCAGAUACUACGCUUUUCCCAUGGUCUUCGCAACCCACAGACCAGGAGAUUCCCUUGGGUGCCUAUGCCACCAAGGCCCUGGGUUUCAAGCACAAAACUGGGUGGCCAUUCGGGCAGGCACCGAGCUAGCUGUAGGAGUUUUUUUGAUAGCCCAGUGGCACCUGGAAUGCCAGUGAAACAGAACCGCUUACUCCCUUGUUAAGGGGCUGAAGCCGGAGAGCCAAGUGGUUCCCAUGCCCCCUGAGCCCAGCAAGCUAAGAUCCACUGGCUUGGAAUUCUCGCUGCCAGCACAGCAGUCUAAAGUCAACCUGGGAUGAUCAAGCUUGGUGGGGGGAAGGGCGCCAACCAUUACCAAAGCUUGAAUGGGUGGUUUUCCCCUCACAGCAUAAACAAAGCCAUGGGGAAGUUCCAGCUGAGCAGAGCCCUCCAUAGCUCAGCAAAGCCUCUGUAGCCAGACUGCCUCUCUAGAUUCCUCCUCUCUGGGCAGCGCAUCUUUGAAAAAAGUGCAGAUAAAACCCUCAUCUCCCUGGGACAAAGCACGUGGGGGAAAGGGGUGGCUGUGGGCACAGCUUCAGCAGACUUAAACAUUCCUGCCUGCCAGCUCUGAAGAGAGCAGCAGUUCUUCCAGCACAGCGCUUGAGCUCUGCUAAGGGACAGACUGCCUCCUCAAGUGGGUCCCUGACCCCCAUGCCUCCUGACGGGGAGACACCUCCCAGCAGGGGUCCACAGACACCUCAUACAAGAGAGCUCUGGCUGGCAUCUGGUGGGUGCCCCUCUGGGACAAAGCUUCCAGAGGAAGGAACAGGCAGCAAUCUUUGCUGUUCUGCAGCCUCCACUGGUGAUACCCAGGCAGACAGGGUCUGGAGUGGACCUCCAGCAAACUCCAGCAGACCUGCAGCCGAGGGACCUCACUGUUAGAAGGAAAACUAACAGGAAUAUAAUCAACAUCAACAAAGGACAUCCACACAGAAACCCCAUCUGAAGGUCACCAGCAUCAAAGACCAAAGGUAGAUAAAUUCACGAAGAUGAGGAGAAACCAGUGCAAAAAGCCUGAAAAUUCCAGAAACCAGAAUGCCUCUUCUCCUCCAAAGGAUCACAACUCCUUGCCGGCAAGGGAACAAAACUGGAUAGAGAAUGAGUUUGACAAAUUGAGAGAAGUAGGCUUCAGAAGGUGGGAAAUAACAAACUCCUCUGAGCUAAAGGAGCAUGUUCUAACCCAAUGCAAGGACGCUAAGAACCUUGAAAAAAGGUUAGAGGAAUUGCUAACUAGAAUAACCAGUUUAGAGAAGAACAUAAAUGACCUGAUGGAGCUGAAAAACACAGCAUGAGAACUUCGUGAAGCAUACAGAAGAAAAACCUUCAGCCAGAUUGAAUGCUUUACAUGGAAGAAUUCAUACUGCAGAGAGGUCUUAACAAUGUAAAGAAUGUGCAAAUGUCCUCAGACAAGAUGCACACCUUGCUCAUCAGUGAGUUCAUUUCAGGCAGCCAGCUCUUCCUCACCCACUACAUCACCAAGUCCUGUGGAUAUAUCUGCUAAAUAUUUUUGGAAUUUAUCCACUUCUUUUGGUUCCCCAGUCCAAAACACAGUCAUUUCACCUGGACUAUUUCAAUCAUUACACAGAUGUCCAACCUUUUGUCUUCCCUGGGCCACAUUGGAAGAAGAAAAAUUGUCUUGUGCCACACAUACAAUACACUAACAUUAACAAUAGCUGAUGAGCUAAGAAAAAAAAAGUCCGUGCAUAGUUUUAGUGAUACACCACCUCUGAUAAGCAAAAAAGUCCUCACAUUCAAUGGGUUGCAUACCUGUGAAUUCUAAAACUUCAUCCUCUUUUGUCCCUUUCGAGUUAACAUUACAGCCACAGUGACCUUUCAAAAAUGCAAAUUAAGUUACUCUUAAAACUCUAGUUAAAAUACUUGAUGUACAUAAAGUGCUUAGCAAAAUGACCAACUCAUACUAAGUGCUUAGUAAAUGUUAGAUAAGUAUUCUUCAGAGUUGAUGUAAAUUAUUUUUAAACAGUGUAUUCUUGAAAGCAGUAUGGCAGUCAUAAAAAUUUUGGAACCAAAACAGUAUCUUUUUUUAAGCUAAAAAAAGUUUUAAAUGGUGUCUUUCUAUGUUGCCCAGGGUGGUCUCAAACUCCUGUGCUCAAGUGACCCUCCCAUGUCAUUCUCAAGUGGCUGCAAUUACAGGCAACCAGCCUGACUUAAAACAGUAUCUUAAGGUAGAUGGUGAUUAGCACAUGUAGUAUGCUUAACAUUUAAUAUUAUAAUAAAACAUCACAGCGGCUGUCUCAUGAUUAAGGCUGUGUUCCCUUGUUGGUGAGGAAAUUAAUUAUGACUUGAUACAUAGAACAUGUUUUAAGAAGUGGCUAUAUAGCUCUGGAUAAAACGAACAAAAGAAUUAGAAUUCCUGUGGAGAAUAUAUACAAAACUUUAUUUAGUCAAGUAAAAAAAAAUCACUAAUGUUUAACUGAAGAAAGAGAAAUUGAAUAAUAUAGUUCUAUUUCAACAUGUGGGUUCACAGAUUUAUUCUAACCUUCCAAGUAAACUUGUUCCACCAGUAAAGUUGUUCUGGAGUAUAUUUUUAAAUAAAACCACUUAAAAUGUUCCACUUCUUUCAUGAGGCUAAGUCAACUCUGAUAUCAAACCAAGGGGAAAGAAAUGAAAUUAUAGGUGAGUUUACUUAGUUAUAUACAAAAGGAAAUUAUUAGCCUCUGCUGAUGGAGAACAGAGGCUGUGAAUAAAUGGAGAUCCAUAACAUGAUCCUAUAUGAAUGUUUCAAUAUUGUAAUCCUGUAAGUUACUUUUACAUUGACAGUUCUGAAAUUCAUGUUGAGUGUUAAUUAGGCAGGAAUCAGAAGGGAGGUUUUGUAGAAGGUCGUAUCCAUGGGUGUUUUGUAUUUGAAAAGCAUUUUCGAUGUAUCAUUGGGGGAAAUUAAAUGUCUUUGACAGUUGUCCAACUAGAAGUAAAGUCAGCAUCCCAUUUGACUCCUUACACAGAAGUUCAUUCUAUACUCAUUACAGACGUAAGAGGAAAUACUGUUAAGAUGGUAGAGGAGAAUGUAGAGUAUUUCUGUGCCUUAAGGUUCAGGAAGUCUUUGGUAAGCAGGACAGGGUCCAGAAGCCAUGAAGAGAGAAUGACAGGACUGUGUAGAAGAUUUAAACCUUUUUCAUGGUGUAAGAUACUGUAUGCAAAGUUAAAAGGCAUAUGACAGGCUGAGAGAUAUCUUAAACAUACAUUAGAAAGGAUAUAGCCCUUGAAAAAGGGCUGUUGGAAAGCAGCAAGGAUAAGGUGCACAGUCUUGCAGAGCAUGUCAACAAAAUUUAUUGGAUGAAGAAAUGAAAAUGGUUAAAUAGAAGAAUUUCUCAACCUCACUAAUAAUCAGAUAAGUGCAGAUUGUAAAAGUCCUCAUCCCCACCAACACAAACCAGCAGAAAUUUUAUGUGAAUGUGAAGUUAGGAUAAUAUCCAGUAUUGUCGCAGAUGUGAGAAACCGUAUUUUCAUAUAUUGAGAGGGUAAAUUAGAGGAAAGCCAUUUUAGAGGGCAAUGUGGUGUUACCUGUCAGCAUUUUGAAUAUAAUUACCCUUUGCCACAAUUCUACACCUAGUCAGUUAUGUUCUUAAAAAGCACAAGUGCAGAAAUAUAGAUGCAUAAGCAAAUGUGUUGCAGAAUUGUGAAAAAUUUGGAAAAAAUGUUUAGUACUAGUAAAGUUAUGGGUUACUUAAGUUACAGAAAAUCAGUUUAGUAGAUCACUGUGUAGUUAUGGAAAAUGAGAUGGAUCUCUACUCAAAGAUGUCUUGCAGUUUAUGAACUGAGAUGUAAUUUCAUGACUAACAUGAUGACAUCGUUAUUGACUACAUAAACUUUAUAAAGUUUAAAAAAUGCA